AUGACCACCGCUCACCGUCCCACCUUCGAUCCGGCACGAGGCAAAGAAGCCUUGCGCGGUCCGGCCUACCAUCAACGCCUCCUUCCGGCGCACACGCAGCUCAAGUUCCGCCAGGCCGGUCAGGGCGGCGAGGCCGACGACGAACCCCGCGAUCUCAGAGCCGAGCUCCUCGCCGCCGAGGCAGCUCACUUCGCCAAGAAGAACGGCGGUGCUCCUCCCCCAUCCGCUGCCGACGACGACGCGCCUGUCGGUGGCGUGAAGCGCGCUCUGGAGGCGGCAUCACAAGCAGAUGGCGAGGAAGACUUUGAGACGAAGAGGCGGAGGAUAUUGGAAGAGUCGCGAGAUAUAGACGCCGAUUCGGAAGACGAAGAGGAGGAUGAUGAUAGCGACAGCGACGAGGGCAGCGAUGAUGAGGAGGCAGAGUUGCAGCGGGAGAUGGAAAAGAUCAGGCGCGAGAGGGCGGAGAAGAGGGAGCGCGAGGAGCGAGAGAGGGCCAAGGCGGAGGAGGAGGAAAGGGAGCGGGACAUUGCGCUAGGGAACCCGCUGCUGAAUAAGCCCGACUUCGCCAUGAAGCGACGGUGGGAUGACGACGUCGUCUUCAAGAACCAGGCGAGAGGCACCGAGGAGAAGAAGGGCAAGGAGUUCAUCAACGAUCUCCUCCGCUCAGAUUUCCACAAGCGAUUCAUGAGCAAGUACGUUAGAUAG